AUGGGUCGCUCUCCACCUUUUCUAUCCUUCAUCGCGACUGGACUGAGCUUCACAAAUGCCGCUUUGUAUGAUGAGGCCGUCAAAACCAGGUAUGGUCUUAUACAAGGCUACCCAGCUUUUAACACCGGGCCCAGUGCAUCUGAUCUCCAGCACUGGAAAGACAUUGCGGUAUGGAAAGGCAUUCCAUACGCAGCCACGACCGGUGGGAACAAUCGCUUUAAAGCCCCGCAGUCUGCGACAUCAUGGAAUUCUACCCUGCACGCCAAGGACUUUGGAAACGUGUGUCCUCAAACGUUCCGAAUGGUGCCCACCGACUACACUGUUUCUGAGGAUUGUCUGAGCCUGAAUAUCUGGAGCGCCGCAAAAUCGACUGAUGCCAAACUGCCCGUAGUUAUGUGGAGCUACCCAGCUAUGUCAACCGCUCGCGAUCCGCUCUUUGACGGUGCAGGAAUGGCAGACAAAGGCGUAGUUUUUGUCAGCUACAACUACCGUAACGGCGUGUUUGGUUGGCUUGGGCAUCCCUGGCUCUCAGCAGAAAUGGAAACAACGCAUGGCACUAAUAGUUCUGGUAAUUGGGCAAUUCUGGACCAAACAGCGGCUUUGAAGUGGAUCGUCGAGAAUAUCUCAGCAUUCGGUGGAGAUCCUGAGCACAUCACCGUGUUGGGUCAAUCUGCAGGAUCGGCAGCAUCCUACCACAUUGUCAACAACCCUUUGACAAAAGACCUCAUCGUCGGCGCCAUCAUCGAGUCUGGUGUCCGUUACCCCAAGGAUCCGUUAUCUGCAAGUCUUGCCGAGAACUACCGCACUCUUGACACGGCGUUGGAAACUGGCGAGAGCUACGUAGCUGACCUCAAUGUUACAUCCCUCCAGCAGCUUCGCGAUCUCGACUAUACCACGUUCACGCAAGGAGACGACUUCGGAGCAGUCUUGGACCAUUACGUUAUACCAGAUACUUACAUGAACACCCUACUUCGAGGUGCGGCUAACGAUGUACCUAUAUUGACCGGAAACACCCGAGACGAGAGUGGUGCCACAUACGGGCUCAACAUCUCCCUCGCCACCUACUUGUCGAACAUGAAUGCUACGUUUGGCGAUUGGACCGACCAGUUCUUGCAAGUUUACAGUGCCAAUGAUAGCGCAUCAGCUUCGGCAGCCUACAACCGACAAUGGUCAGACAGGUCGGCAAUUGGCACCUGGCUCUGGUCGCGACUGUGGGGCACAUCAUCCGUACAGCCAGUUUACAACUACUUCUGGGACCAUGCGCCGCCUGGGCAGUCUCAGGGGGCAUACCAUGAAUCUGAGAUCAACUAUGUGCUCAAUAAUCUGUAUGGCACCGCCCUCCCUUGGACGGCCGAGGACUACCAGAUCGCGAAGACUAUGAAUGCUUAUUGGGUCAACUUUAUCAAGACUGGUAAUCCAAAUGGACCUGGACUUACUAGCUGGCCCGCGAGUGGCUCCAACAGUAGGACCGUUCAAGAAGUCGGUGGUGGUUGGGGCCAGAUUUCUCUGGCGCAGUCUGCUUCCGCAAUUGGUCUACUUGAAUCAUGGUUUGCUGCCCUGGACACUGUGUAUUGA